CUACUGUAUACUCACUCCCCCUGCACAACUUUGAACUAUGGAAGUUAUGGAAAACUCUGAUGAGGUGGACCAGUCUAAUGAGAGGGAGAGGCUGAAGAUGAGAAUUGCUGUCUUGGAGGAGAGUGUGAAGUCCUGUGAGGUGGAGUGUAAGGCCAGCAGAGAGACGGUGCUGAGGCUGGUGGCAGAGCUGGACCGAGAACGGAAAAAGGCUGUCAGCAGUGCAGCAGCACUCGAUUCACUCAAAGAGGAGUUAGACGGCCUGGUGGUGGGAAGGAGGAGCAUUGAUCUGGAGAGGGGAACCCUGAUGGAGAGGCUUGAGGCCAGCAAGAGAGUCAUAGAGGCAGCGAGGCGAGAGUCAAUUUGUUUGGAGAAACAGGUGGAGGAGCUUGAAAGAAAGCUACAGUCAAGCCAAGGAGAGACGCAGGCAGCUGAGGAGAAGCUGCAGACGUUCCUGAAAAAGGCGGCAGGCCUGCUGCAGGGGAAGUCUCAGAGUGUCAUCCUGCCCACAGAGAAAGAUGUCUUACACAAUCUGGACAACCUCUGCAAUAAGUCAUGGUCAGAGAUGGAGUCGAGGCUGUGUCAUGUCUCUGAGGAGCUGAGCGAGCAGACGGAGCUCCAGCACGGUGCACUGCAAAGGGCUCAGCUUGCAGAGCAGCAAGUCCAGGACCUAAGGGAGAGACUGCAAGGUCUGGAGACUGAGCUGCUGACAGCAGACGUGCAUCGUGACGGGCUGAGACAAAGCAAACAGCAAUAUGAAGAGUUCCUGGAACAGCUGUCAGAGUCAAUGAAGGUUGACAGUAUUGCUGUGGAUCUGGGCUUCGACAUGAGAUGUAAACUUAUCAUGUCACGUGCACAGCAGCUUGUUAAACAAGAGACAGCUGCUUUGGUGGAGAGCAAAAGCCUGACCUACAGCCUACAGCGAAAGUUUAAGUCACAGAAAGACCAGCUAGAGAGCAAAGGACUCCACAUCCAGCUCCUGAGGAAGAAGGUGUCCGAGCUGGAGGAGGAGAAAAGGAGCCGAUCAGCGCUGGCUGUGGAACGAGAUGAUGCUCAUCUGGAGGCCAGGAGGCUGCAGAAGAAACUUGAGCGUCUCCAAGGCGAGCUGAGGGCUGCCAGGCUGUCCAACACUGAGCUCAAGGCCCAGCUGUCCCACACCAAUGAGCUCAAGUUGAAAGUCAUGGAACAGAGUCAGACCAUGCAGGAGCAGGAAAAGAAGCUGAAUAAGCUGGCGGAGGGGAAGACCAAGGUGGAGAAGAAGCUGAACACAGUGAGCUCAGACCUGCAGAGCCAAGAGAAGAAGACCAGAGAGGACCAGCAGCAACUCAACACCCUCAGACAGAGCCUGGCUCAGCUGUCUGACAGGGAGAGAGAGUUGGUGGAUUUCCGGAUGGUUGUUUCCCAGAUGUUGGGUCUGGAUGCCACAGCCCCGGCUCUUUCAAAUUAUGACAUCAUCAAAUUACUGGAGACCAUUCUUCACAGUCAUCAUCACCAUCACCACCUUCAUCAUCAUGUUAACAUGCCCUGGCACUGUCCUACUCACCAGAGGUCUCAUCUUCCCCAAAUCCAGGACCUUCGUGACAGCUCAUCCUUCGAUCUUUCUACCUCUAGGUCUGCAGCUCCCCUUCAUGAAGCAUAGAUUUAUACAUCAUACUUUUGCCAAACUGCACUUAGAAUGUAAACGUAUUAUUGUUGUCUAAAAGUAUAUGAAAACAGACCUUUUACAGAGUCAAAUAAU